AGCACAUCCCAACCGCAGAACCUGCUACUAGCCUGCUGACAAAAGCUUCGCCAUGGGCUGGUAUACAAAUAACUCGACUGAUUACUGGAUUGAGGAUGAGGAGGAUGAUCUCAGCUCCGUUAUAGACUACAAUACGUAUGAGCUUCUCUGUGAAAAAGGUGAUGUGAGAAAUUUCAGUAAAUUAUUCCUCUCUGUGUUCUAUGCAUUGGCUUUCACUGUUGGAGUUGCUGGGAACUCAUUAGUGGUUGCAAUUUAUGCCUACUGCAAGAAACCAAAGACCAAGACAGAUGUGUACAUCAUGCACCUGGCCAUCGCUGACCUGCUCCUGCUCUUCACGCUCCCUUUUUGGGCUGCAAAUGCUGUGCAGGGAUGGGAACUUGGAAACCCCCUGUGUAAGCUCACUUCUUCGCUGUACACCACGAAUUUCAGCUCCAGCAUGCUGUUCCUGGCCUGCAUCAGUGUGGAUAGAUACCAGGCCACUGCCAAACCCCAAGGUCACAGAGGAAGUGGUGCGCGCUGCAGCAUCACCUGCCUCUGCGUCUGGCUCUCUGCUGCUCUCCUCAGCAUCCCUGCACUGGUAUUUAACCAAGUCCAGAAACGGAACAACAGGAACGAAUGCCUUCCUGUAUUUCCAGCCAACAUGGAAAUAUUCUUGAAAGCAACCAUUCAAAUCCUGGAAGUUACCCUGGAAUUUCUGCUUCCUUUCCUAGUAAUGCUGAUCUGCUACUCAGCCACUGCUCGAGUCAUCUUUAGAGCUGCCAACGCCAGGAAAUCCAGACCCUUCCUGGUUCUGCUGGCGGUGGUGGCUGCUUUCAUCCUUACCCAGCUACCUUACAACACCGUUAAGUUCUGGCGAGCCCUGGACAUCAUCUACGGGUUGAUCACUGACUGCGAUGCAAGUAAAACUAUAGAUGUAGCACUCCAGGUCACCAAGAGCAUUGCUUUGUUCCACACCUGCCUGAAUCCACUUCUCUAUGCAUUUCUGGGCACCUCUUUUAAAAUGCAUAUUACGAAAAUCGCAAAAAAUUACGGGUACUGGAGAAGACAACAACAGAAUGGAAGACCUGAAGAAAUGUCUAUGAAUUAUGAGGAUCAUACUGAAGAAACAGUUAGUUUCACUCUAUAG